CUCAGCGCUCGGUUUUGCCUGGCAAAUCGACGCGCUACCUGGCGGCCUAGGCUCUCGCACGAAGCCGCGAGACCGACGCCCGACGGAAGCCAGCAGCCCGGCAGCAGCGCCGUCCCGUGCGGAAGAGCGGGGCAGCCCCAGCUGUCGCAGCGAAAAAAGAGGCAGCUUUGCCAUCGCGUGCAGAAAGAGCGCGACCGCGGAGCGACCAUGCAGCAGGAUGCGGUCAUGACCUGGGCGCCCGUGGCCCACGAGGGCGAGGAGAAGCCGUCUCCCCGAAGCGCCCAUUCGCUCGUGCAGAACGGGUCCGAGGCGUGGAUGUUCGGCGGCUGUGAUAAAAGACGCCCGCCGGGACCGAACAACGAGCUCUACAAGCUCGACAUGUCCGACAAGGAGACUUUUUAUUGGAUGCGCAUCAACGCGAGUAAUCCCCCCCCGGCUCGGUGGCACCACACGGCGCACCUCCUAAAAGACAACAAGACCAUGUUGGUGUUCGGCGGUUUCAGUGCGGACAAGAUCACGCGGUACUUUAAUGAUUUGUGGUACUUCGACACCGAAGAGGAAACGUGGUCUCAACCUCCCCCAGCAGAGACGGCUCUAGCCGAGGGCAACACCGUACCUACUCUCAAGAUGCCCUGGCCGGGAGUACCGACGCCGCGAGGCGCCCACGCCACGUGCCUCGUCAACUCAUCUCUAUAUUUACAUGGGGGCUACGGCGGCGGCGGCUUCGCGCGCAAAGAUUUCGGCGACUUACAUUCGCUAGAUCUGGAGACUUAUGUGUGGGAGGAGCUCGAGACGACCGGUGAUGCGCCCGAGCCGCGAUCGGGCCAUCAACUCCUGUGUGUGGAAGACCGCGUGCUCUACCUCAUGGGCGGCUGGAACAGCAACCGCCAAUUUGAUGAUGUGCGAUCUCGGCGUCCCCUUCGUACGCCAUCGACGCGACUCGUGUCCAUCUCACUUCCACGAGAGUGGUUUCUUUUUCGAGUUUGAGGCCGUUCGGACCGCGCAGGUGCACGUCUUCACGCUCGAGACGCGGGCGUGGUCCCAGCCCGAGUCCGCUUCCGGGGAAGAGAACUUCGGCCCGCCGCGCUGGAACUUUACGGCUGUAAGUGUUUUCGCGGUCCCGUUCUGGAAAAUCUUCAUGUUCGGCGGUGCUGACUCAGCGUGAGAAAUCAGCUUCAACAUGACGUGGUCGCUGUGCGGCCGCACGAGAGUCCGCGCGUCCCGCGAGAGCAGUUUCGUGAUUGCAUGAUUCCGCGCAGGCAACUCCGGCGAUCUCGUCGACGGUAAACCGACCGGAGUGUACCAGAACGACUUGCAAGUUUUAGAAUGUGGCGCCGACGUCUGGAAGCGCCCGGAGACCGUGGGUAGCAUACCGCCGCCUCGCAGUGACGCGCCCAUGACCUUCGAGAGCGAGUCGGGAACUCUACUCAUGUACGGCGGCUGGCAGCACGCCUGGCCCGGCGACUGCCACACGUGCGACGUUCUUGAAGUGGUCGGACCGCCCUACAGUGUCGAUUCCAUCAGCCCAACAAUUGGCCCAGUAACGGGAAACACUUUGUGUGAAAUCAAGGGCAUGGGCUUCACGUCGGUGCGGGGCGACGUGACCGUUAGAUUUGCGUGUGUGAAGGGCUAUGAAGAGGGUAGCAAUGGCUCCGUGGUCGACGACGCUACUCUCCUAGUGGAGACCCCGAACUACGAGGCGUACGGGCCGUUGGACGUCGAGAUCCGCGUCGCCAUCGGUAGCAAACCACUUACCAAUAGUAAGGUCAGUGCGUCGUAUUUCUCCGUAACAGAUGCCAAUCAAUGUCUAGCCUUCGGUCCUGGACUAGUGAAUGGGGUACUAGCAGGAACAGAAUGUCAAAUAUGCAUCCAGGCCAAGGAUUUUACGGGUUCGAAUCGUACGUGCGGCAUGGACGAGUUCUCCAUAAGAAUCGAGCCGCCGCCGCCCGACGAGGCGGCUCGCGAGUUAGAUGAAGCGGCCAUACUAGAGCAAUCCAAGUCCGCGGAGGGCUACAACGAGUUGUACGCCAUCCAAGACCAAGUGACCGCCGAGGAGGAGCUGAAGGUGCUCGUCAUGUUGAGCGACGAGGGCGACGGGACGUACCUCGCGGAAUUCGAACCUAGUGUCGCCGGAGAGUAUAAAGUGCACAUCGAGUUCAACGGGACGUUUGACGGUCCUAGUGGCCCCAUUCGCGGUUCUCCAUUUACUUUUGUCGCCCAGGAGGCCUACCAAUAUGUAGCUGACCAUCCGAAGGACUUUUCGUACCUCGAGGGCGCGGACCCCGACCAGCGCGCGUUGAACGAGAUCAACUCCUUCGACGGGCCUUUACUGAUUGCGGAUAUCGUGGCGAAGAUCAAGGGUAUCCGAGAUUUUGCCGGGAAAAAGAAGCGAGGAUUGGCCAAAUUGGACCCGCAGAACUACGACGACAUGGCGCGGACUCGGCGUCGUCAUUGAACUUCAACGUGACGUGGUCUUCAUGAAGACGUCGUCAUGAUCACUGUCCGUGCCACACAGGGUCCGCUCAUCGAGGGCAAGGAGCAUUUGAGAGACAUCGCGCGCGUCGCCGACGAGUACGCCCUCUGCAUGGAUAGCACCAGAGCUUGCUUACAUUACUUAAAAGCUAGACAACUACCAGUAGACAGGCUCUUCGACCAGCUCGGCAAGGCGCUCGCCGACUGGACGGAGGUGCUGGAAAGUGUAGAGCCGAAGGUGAAGGCGAUAACGCCGACGACCAUUCAUUUUGCGGAGAAGACCAUGGCGGCCAUGUGCGCCUACGAGGAGUCUAUACAACAAAUGGAUACUGAUUUCCGGGCCGACAAGUGCUUCCUCCUCGAAUGCGGGAGCGAGGACGCGUUCAAGCUCUUGGACACGUACGCGAAGGACUUCGAGAAGGAACUGAAAGUUCUGGAGCACAACGCGAACCUGUGCGCGGUCUUCGAGUUCCCCGAGAAGAUCGACGUUGCGAGAGGUGUCUUGGAGACGAUGAUUCAAUUAAUAGACGAUCAAAGGGACGCCUGGGCCGUGGCGGAAGACGUGGCGGGCUUCAUCGGGACGAGUCAAGCCAUGCUCUGGCGCGAAUUGGUCAUCGAGGACAUCGAGGACGGCAGCAAGGCCCAGCUCAAGAAGCUGUCUGGUUUGAAGAAGACGGUCAAGAAGACGGGCCUCUACGUCGACGUCAGCAAGAACAUCAAGAAUUUUAUCAAUACCAUACCACUGAUAGCAGCAUUGCGGAGCCCGUCGAUGCGGCCGCGGCACUGGGAAUUGUUAAGAAAGGCGACGGGCAAGGAGUUCGUGCCGCCGCAUGAAGACGAAGAUUUACAACUGGGCGGACUCCUAUCGCUGAAUUUGCACGAGUUCAACACCGACGUCGAGGAGAUCUGCGACCAGGCGACGAAGGAGGAGAAGAUCGAGGCGCGCGCGCCGCGUCCCUUCACGCCGUCGGCGCGCGUCGUGUCCAUCAGAGAAGGCGCUGGGUGCUUUUUUGUUCGAGUUUGAGCUGUUUUGAGCUGUUUCGGACCGCGUCGAGCGACCGCGACGCGCCGCGCAGGUCAACCUCGGCGCGCUCAACGAGCGCUGGGUCAAGAUCGAGUUCUUGUGCGACUUCUACAAGGGCACGGACGUACCCCUCCUCAAGUUCGGCGAGGAGGACUACGAAGCCCUCGAGAACGACCAGCUCACGGUCCAGGGCAUGAUGGCUAGUCGUUAUAUAGCUCAAUUCGAGAAGGAGGUGUCCAUGUGGUCCGUGGCUCUGCUCAACGUCAGUGACUCGGCGUGAAAAAUGAACUUGAACUUGACGUCGUUGUGAAGAUGGCGUUCCGCGUCGCCUCGACGUCUUCAUUGAGACCGUCAGAGCGUCUCCACGUCUCGCGAAUGUACAGAGACAGUUCCGUGACGGCGUCGUUCGACGCAGGUCGCCGACGUCUUCACGACGAUCAAUGAAAUUCAGAGGACCUGGUCCUACCUCGAGCCGUUGUUCAUUCAUAGUGACGAGGUGAAGCGGGAGCUCCCGGUCGACGCGGAGCGCUUCGCGGGAAUUGAUGUUGAAAUAAAAGAUAUUCUCACGACGUCGUGGGACACUAGGAACAUAAAAGAGGCGCGAUCUCGGCGUUUUGAAGUGUUGCGGCGCCUUCACUUCUUCAAUACGACUCGUGGCCAUCUCACUUCCAUGAGAGUGGUUUCUUUUUGGAUUUUGGGGCCGUUCGGACCGAUUUGACGGAAAUGCUCCGCGCAGGCCUGCAACGUCGACGGCAUGUUGGAGCGGCUCGAGGGUGAAUUAGCCGGUCUCGACUUGUGCAAGAAAUCACUCGCGGACUUCCUCGACGGGAGACGACGGCAGUUCCCGAGGUACUACUUCACGUCCGAAGCGGACUUGCUGGAUAUCCUCUCGAACGGUUCGGUGCCGGAGAAGGUCAUGGUCCACACGUCGAAGAUCUACCUCUCCACAAAAGUCUUGACACUGAGUGAGGAUGAGAGAACCGCGUCGAACCGCCCCAUCGCCGUCGGCUUCGUCGCCGGCGUGGGCAAGGAGUACGUGCCCUUCGAGCCGGCCGUCCCGUUGGAGGGGAAAGUGGAAAUCUACAUGCAGACCGUCUUGGACGCCAUGAAAAUUACAUUGUACGAGAAUUUGAAGCGGUGCGAUCUCCGCGUUUUGAGGUGCUGCGGCGCCUUCACGCCAUCGAGGCGACUCGUGUCCAUCAGACGAGGUCGUGGGUAGUUUUUUGAGAGAUUUUGAGCUGUUUCGGACCACGUCGGGGCCGUCGCGGCGUGUCAGAGAGCUCGGUCGCGGCGAUGGCGUGAGGUUGACGCGGUCGCCGCGACGGCGUCGACGCGAUGCCGUACGAGAGUCUACGCGUCGCGUGAGUGCACGGAGACCGAGACCGCGAUGCUCCGCGCAGGUCGGUCGUGCGCUACGCCCAGAUGGAGCGCAAGCAGUGGGUCAUGUUCAAGGAGGGCGGGCGGCCGGCGGACCCGGCCCAAAUUAUCUUAUUGACGCUGGCGAUCAACUACGUGCAAGGCGUGGAAGACGCCUUCACAAAGAUGCAGGAGGGGAAUGCCAACGGUGCUGACUCAGCGUCAUUUUCUCUGAAUUUCUCAACUUCAACUUCGCGUCGACGGCGCCAAUGUGACGUUCCGACACCGUGACGCCGUCGACGAGGCUGUCAGAGCGUCUGCGCGUCGCAUGAGGGAGCCGCGGCCGUGUCGUGACGGUGUCCAUCAAACACAGGUAUGGUCGAGUACAACCAGCUGCAGAUCGACGACCUGUCGGAUCUCGUUCGAUUAACUGGAGGGGAUUUAGAUGGAGAAAAUAGGACGCGCAUCAUGGUCUGCAUCACCAUGGAUUCCCACGGCCGCGACAUCGUGCAAAAGCUCAUCCGCGAGAAGGUGAGCGACGCGACGGAGUUCCAGUGGCAGUGCUGACUCAGCGUGAUUUCCUUCAAUUUCUCAACUUGAACUUCGCGUCGAUGGCGUCGUCGCGGUGCCGCACCGCCUCGAUGCCCUCUUCAUGAUCAUCCGAGAGUCUGCGCGUCGCGCGAGUGCACGGAGACGGUUUCACGACGCGGUCGUUCGACACAGGUCGCAACUCAAGCACAAGUACCGCGAGACGCCGUCGACGGCGGGCAUGAUGUGCUUCCCGACCAGAGAUCCGCACUUACGGGACCCUCCGGGCAACCCGGAGACGGGUCUCGGCGGUAAAAGGGCGGAGAUCGCGAUUUGCGACGCGAUCAUGCCUUAUGAUUAUGAGUACCUGGGCAACGGUCCUAGACUUGUUAUUACACCUCUCACAGAUCGCAUUUAUGUGACGGCGACGCAGUCGCUCACGCUCAUGAUGGGCUGUGCUCCCGCGGGUCCGGCCGGGACCGGCAAGACCGAAUCUACGAAGGAUCUCGGCAGUGCCCUAGCGAAGGUGGUCUACGUCUUCAACUGCAGUCCCGAAAUGGACUACAAGGGCCUCGGGAACAUUUUCAAGGGUCUUGGGAGCAGUGGCGCGUGGGGCUGCUUCGACGAGUUCAACCGGCUGAUCCCCGAAGUGCUGUCCGUGUGCACGGUGCAGUUCAAGGCCGUGUGUGACGCCAUUAAAGCAGGUGCCAGUCGUGUCGUAGUAGAAGGCGACGAAGUAAGCCUAGACUCGACGUGCGGCGCGUACAUCACGAUGAACCCCGGCUACUUAGGGCGGAGCGCCUUGCCGGAGGGCCUCAAGGCCUUGUUCCGGCCCAUGACGGUCAUGGUGCCCGACCUCGUUCUCAUUUGCGAGAACAUGCUCAUGGCGCAGGGCUUCGUCGAGGCCAAGUCUCUCGCUUCCAAAUUCUACGGUCUCUACUCCCUACUCAAGGAACUCCUCAGCAAGCAACUCCACUACGACUGGGGGUUAAGAGCAGUGAAAAGUGUUUUAGUGAUUGCCGGGGCGAUGAAACGGGCCGAUCCCGACCUCCCGGAAGGCUCCGUGUUGCUCCGAGCUUUACGUGAUUCGAACAUCCCCAAGAUCGUCAAGGAGGACGAGGUCGUGUUUUUUGGGCUGUUGGGGGACCUGUUUCCGGGCCUCAAUCCCCCUAGAGCUAGGGAUGAAACUUUGGAAGCUAAUGUCGUAAGAGCCUGCGAAGAGCUCAACCUCGAUCCGGACGACGCGUUUUGUUUAAAAUGUGUCCAAAUGAAGGAACUGCUCGAUAUAAGGCACUGCGUCUUCCUCAUGGGGCCGGCGGCGGCCGGUAAAAGCGAGUGCUGGCGGAUUUUGGCGAAGGCGCGCGAGCUGAUGGGCCCGGAGCUCAAGACGGGCAUCUGGGACGUGAAUCCGAAGGCCGUCGAGACGCAGGAGUUGUAUGGGUACAUCAGCAUGGCGACGCGGGAAUGGAAGGACGGCUUGCUGUCGACGGUCAUGCGGAACAUCGGCGCGAUCCCCGACGAGCUCCCGAAGUGGAUCAUGCUCGACGGUGCUGACUCGGCGUCAUUUUCCUUGAAUUUCUCAACUUCAACUUCGCGGCGACGGCGUCAACGCGAUGCCGCGUCUUGCGAGAGAGCCGCGGCCGUGUCGUGACGGUAUCCAUCAACCACAGGCGACCUCGACGCGAACUGGAUCGAGUCCAUGAACAGCGUCAUGGACGACAAUCGGAUGCUCACGCUCGCGUCGAACGAGCGCAUCCCGCUCAAGCCCCACAUGCGCAUGGUCUUCGAGAUCCGGGACCUGAAACAUGCGACUCCGGCCACGGUCUCGAGAGCUGGUAUUCUUUAUAUUUCUACGAACCAAGGCACGCAGUGGCGAAGCUUAAUCAAGUCCUUCGUCAAGCAACGUACCGAGUCGGACGAAGUUAAAGUCUGGCUCCAGGAGCUGUUCGACGAGUACCUCGCCGAUUCGCUGUUGUGGCUGUUGCUGAACGUAAAACAGGUUUUGCCGCUCGAGGACAUGAAUAUUGUCCAGUCGAUGUUGUACAUGCUCGAAUUGCUCUUAACACCUCGCAAUACGGACACGCGAGAAAAUCUCGAAGUAGUUUUUAAUUACUGCGCGGUCUGGGCCCUCGGUGCUGACUCAGCGCAGAAAAUGAACUUGAACUUGCGGCGAUGGCGUCAACGCGACGUCACGCCACCGCGACGCCAUCGAUGCGGCCGCACGAGAGUCUGUGCGCGGUCGUUUCGCGACGGUGUCGUUCCCACACAGGUGGACCGCUCGGCAUGAGCGACGACGGCGUCGACUUCCGGGCGAUGAUGUCCGACUACUGGACGUCGCAGUGGAAGAACGUCAAGUUCCCGAAGAAGGGGAGUGCGUCGACGGUCUUCGACUACUACUUAGAUCCGAAGACGAACGACUUCGAGCCGUGGGUGCCGACUCGGCGUCAAAAGUCAACUUGAACUUGACUUGGUAUUGAAGUUGGCGUGAUCCCACGAGAGUCCACGCGUCGCGCAGGCCAAGUCUCCUUAUUUUUUCAGCAUCGACUACGACCCCGCGACGAUGAACAUGUCCGCGAUUACCGUGCCGACGUCGGAAACGUGCUCCGUCGCCUUCUGGAUGACGGAUCUAGUGAAGAAACACCGACCGGUCAUGCUCGCGGGCCCGUCCGGCACCGGGAAGACGCAGCAAGUGAACGGGAUCCUCAAGGCCAUGGACCCCUCUGCCUUUCUGUCUGCCACCAUCAACUUCAACUUCUACACUACCUCUGCGGUUCUUGGGAACACGAUGUGUCUCCCACUAGAAAAAAAAACGGGCACGAAUUUUGGACCCCCUGGGAUUGCGCACUUAGUGUACUUUGUGGACGAUCUAAACCUACCAGAAGUGGACAAGUACAUGACGCAGUCGGCCAUCGCUUUAUUGAGGCAGCAGAUGGAGUACGGCCACAUAUAUGAUAUGACCAAAUUAGCGCAGAACCCGGUGCCGACGCGGCGUGGAAAGUGAACCUUACGCCAUCGACGCGCGUCGUCUUCAUCAGAGAAGGCGAUGGGUGGUCUCUGGUCCAAAUUUGGGCCGUUUCGGGCCGCGUCGGGGCCAUCGUCGCGGCGUGUCGGAGAGAGAGCGAUCGCGCGCCACGCCGUCGACGCGGUCGCGGCGAUGGCGUCUUCAUGAGACGGCACCGCCUCGACGCCGUCUUCAUGAUCACCAGGGCGCCCACGCGUCGGUCCCGCGCAGGUCAAGUCCAUCAGCAAGACGCAGGUCGUGGCCUGCAUGAACCCGGGCGCGGGCUCCUUCUUCAUCAACCCGCGGUUGCAGCGGUGGUUCGUGACCUUUGCCAUCGGGAUGCCGCAACGAGCCUCGUUAAAUGUCAUCUACGAUACCUUCUUAAAUGGGCACCUGUCCAGAGGUUUCGCCGACGAAGUCUUAGCGCUCAAAGAUUCCGUCAUAAAAGGAGCCAUGAACUUACAUGGAGAGGUCAUGCAGAAGUUCCGGAAGACGGCCGCGAACUUCCACUACGAGUUCAACAUCCGGUCCGUGACUCAGUGUUGAAGUUGACCUUGAACUUGAUCUGGUGGAGACGAUGGCGUCGAUGCGACCGCACGAGAGUCUACACGCCUCGUGACGGCGUCGUUCCCACGCAGGCACCUCGCGACGGUCUUCCAAGGUCUGUUGAUGGGCCGGCCCGAGCAGAUCAACACGGGCGAGAAGCUCGCGCACAUGUGGCUCCACGAGUCGGAACGGGUCUACGGGGAUCGAUUAGUGUCUCCGGAAGAUUUGAAGAAGUACAACGACCUGGCGCAAGGUCAAGCUCGCAAGAUCUUCAGCCAGUUCCCCGUCGACAAGUUCUACGCCAAGGAGAACGCGGACCCCUUGGUCUUCUGCCACUUCUGCGAGGACAUCGAGGAGCACACGUACGACCAGGUCCGUGACUCGGCGUCCCGCCGUGGUGCCUUCACACCAUGUGUCGUCUCCGGGAGAGGAGGUCGUGGCUGGUCUCUGGUCCAAAUUUGAGUCUCUGGAAGACGUCGGGGCCGUUCGGCGUGUCAGAGAGCGCAGUCGCCUCGAUGGCGUCAACGCGACGUCACGCCACCGCGACGCCGUCGAUGUGGCUGUGAGAGAGUCUACGCGUCUCAUGAAUGACCAGAGGCAGUUUCGUGAGCGUCGGUCCGCGCAGGUGCAAGGCGUCGACAAGAUGCUCGCCGUGCUGGAAAACGCGCUGGAGCAGUACAACGAGUCGAACGCGGUCAUGGAUCUUGUGUUAUUUGAAGAUGCGAUGAAGCACAUCGUGCCGACUCAGUGUUGAAGUUGAACUUGAACUUGAACGCGAUGCCUCGACGCCGUUCCCACGCAGGCGCGCAUUUCGAGGAUCGUGCUGAACGAGGGCGGCCACGCGCUGCUCGUCGGCGUCGGUGGCAGUGGCAAACAAAGUCUCAGUCGACUCGCGGCCUUCAUCUGCCACUACGUCGUCAUCCAGAUCGUCAUCUCGUCGACCUACUCGAUCUCCGACCUGAAGGAGGACCUGAAGGUCAUGUACACGAAGGCGCGCUCGCCGCGUUUUGAAGUGGUGCCUUCGACUCGUGUCCAUCGCACGAUGACGUGAAAUGCUCCGCGCAGGCCGGGCUCAAGGAGGAGGGCGUCAUGUUUUUAUUGACGGAUUCCCAGAUCACGAACGAGCGCUUCCUGAUCUACAUCAACGACCUACUAGCAUCAGGAAAUAUCCCGGACCUCUUCGCGGUCGAUGAGGUCGACGGCAUCUGCGGCGCCGUGGGCAACCGCUGUAAAGCCAGUGGAAUGGAACCGACGAGGGGAAACUGCUGGGAUUUUUACAUCGGGGAGAUCCGGAAGAACUUACAUGUUGUUUUAUGCUUCAGUCCCGUGGGAGACGACUUCCGCAAUAGAAGCAGGAAGUUUCCCGCGCUCGUGAAUAGCACAGUAAUCGACUGGUUCCAGCCCUGGCCGGAGGACGCUCUCUUGUCGGUAGGACAGCGCUUCUUAGGAGAAAUGGAUUUGGGCACACCCUUACAAAGGACAGCUGUGGAAAAGUUCAUGCCUUAUUCAUUUAUUGAGACCAAUGAAUUGGCCAAACGAUUUCAAAAAGAAGAGAGGAGACAUGUGUACAGUACACCUAAAAGUUUCUUAGAAAUGCUGAAGCUGUAUCAAGUUUUAUUGGAGCACAAGAGAGACACCUCCGAUUAUAGUAUUGGGCGGUUAAAAGCUGGUCUCCAGAAGAUGCAAGAAACCGCAGAUGCGGUGGCGGAGAUCGAAGCUGGGCUCAAGAUCACUUUGGAAGACGCCGAGGUCAAGAAGACGAAGGCCGAGGGCAUCGCGGAGGUUCAUCUCGGCGUUUUGAAGUGUAGAGGUGCCUUGACGCCAUCGACGCGACUCGUCUUGAUCAGAGAAUGCGCUGGGUGUUUUUUUGAGAGAUUUUGAGCCGCUUCGGACCGCGUCGCGAGACGGCCCCGAAUCGCGUCCGAAUGCACUCGAAAUCACGAAAGAAACCACCCACGUCAUCGUGAGAUGGCCACGACGCGCGUCGACCGUCGCACGCCGCCGCACAACCGCAAUGCUCCCGCGCAGGUCGUCGGGAAAGAGAAGGCCUUCGUCGAGGGCGAGACGGCCAAGGCCGAGAAAGAAGCUGCUUUGGUGGCCGUGAUCCAGAAGGACGUCGGGGAAAAGCAGCGGUCGACGGCCGAAGACUUGGCCAAAGCCGAGCCCGCCGUCGAGGCGGCCAUGGCCGCGUUGGACUCGCUCGACCCGAAAUCCCUCACGGAGUGCAAGGGCAUGAUCAAGCCGCCCGGGGGCGUCGAUGAUGUGUUUGCCGCGAGCAUGGUUUUACUAGCAGGAAUAUACCCGAAUAUUCAACACAAGAAACUGAAAGUGAAAGAUCGGUCCUGGGACGCGGCCAAAAAACAGUGCCUCGGCAACAUUAAAGAAUACAUCGAAUAUCUGAAGGAGAUUAAAGUGAAGGUCGACGAGUCCGCGGACUUAUCCGUCCAGAUGAAGGAGGUCCGACCGUUAAUUGCGUUAGAACAUUUUAAUGUGGAAACAAUUAAAGGAAAGAACAGCGCCGCGGCGGGCGUGACGGGUUUUAUUUUGAACAUCGUGAUCUACUACGAUAUCGUCGUGACCGUCGAGCCGAAACGGAAAGCUUUAGCCGAGGCGAAUGCGCAGUUGGAGGCGGCGAACACGAAGCUCGCCGAAGUAAACGCUCUAGUAAAAGAUUUGACGGAGAAAUUAGCCGUUUUAACGAAGGAGCUCAACGAGGCCAUGGCCGACAAGGCCCAGGUGCGCUCGCGGCGUCCUACGAUGUUUUCACUUCACUGAAACGACUCGUGGCCAUCUCACGUCCACGAGCGUGGUUUCUUCGUCGAGUUUGAGUGAAUUUCGAUACGUAUCACAGGCCGAGGCCGCCGUGGCCAAGGGCAUGCAGAAGUUGGACCUCGCGCAGCGCCUUACGAGCGCUCUAGCUUCCGAGAACGAGCGCUGGAAGGAGUCCGUCGCGCAGAUGGAGAUCGACCGGAACUUAUUAACGGGCGACGUGUUACUAGCGUCGGCCUUCAUCAGCUACGCGGGGCCGUUCACGAAGAGUUUCCGCGACUCGUUGAUGAGGGGCUUCUUCGAGGCGCAGUGGAAGGCCUUUGGGGGCCUCGCGGAAGGUGCCGACUCGGCGUGAGAAAUGACCUUGAACUUGACGUGACGCCGUCGACGCGGCCGCAUGAGAGCGUUUCGUGACGGUAUCCAUCAAACACAGGCAUCGAAGAGCCCGAGGGCUACGUCGCGCCGCCCAUGUCUCGCGUACUGAAUCCCAUUUCCGUGCUCGCGACGGCGCAGGAGAUCGCGUCGUGGAACCAGGACACGCUGCCGGCGGACCCUGUCAGUACGGAGAACGGGUCCAUCGUCUCGAACACGGCGCGGUGGCCUCUGAUUAUUGACCCGCAACUCCAGGGCAUCUCCUGGUUAAGACAUAAAGAGGGCCACGCGUCGCGAAACUGCCAGAUCGUCCGACUCGGGCAAAAAGAUAUGAUGCGGAAGCUCGAACGAGCCCUGGAGUCGGGACACACGAUCAUCAUCGAGAAUCUCGGGGAGAGUUUAGAUGCUGUAUUAGCUCCCGUAAUCCAGCGAGCGACGAUCAAACGAGGGAGAACGCUCUACGUCAAAGUAGGAGAUUCAGAAGUAGAAUUCCACCCCGACUUCCGACUCUACUUACAUACCAAAUUAAGCAACCCGCACUACCCGCCGGAGAUCCAGGCCGAGACCACUCUGAUUAAUUUUACCGUGACUCAGGCUGGACUAAGUGACCAGCUGAACGUCUUGGUGCUCGGGAAGGAGCGCGCGGACCUCUCGGAGAUGUCUGAAGUUUUAGUAAAACAGCAAACGGGCUUCAAGAUCAAGAUGGUGCUGACUCAGCGUCUUCAUUGAACUUCAAGGUGACGUGGUCGCGGCGAUGGCGUCGUCGCGAUGCCAUUUCGCGUCGAUGGCGUCGUCAAGAUCACACGAGCGUCCACGCGUCGCGUGAGAGUAGUUUCGCGAUUGUAUAUGUGCCACACAGGGCGAGCUCGAGGACGAGAUUCUCGAUCGGUUGGCCAACGCCGAGGGCGACAUCACGGAAGAUGUUGAAUUAAUUGAAGGGCUCGAGGAGACGAAGCGGAUCAGCACGGGCCCGUGUGGAAAUCAACCAGUGAGUCAGGUGUUGCGUCGACGGCGUCUGGGGGUGCCGUCGAGCCCUCCACGCCAUCGACGCGACGCGUUUCCCACUUCUCGCUGAGUGAGAGCGGUCGCGUCGCUAUCUCGGCGCCGCGGUCAUCUGAGAGGCCCAAACUCGGACACGAUCCCCGAGGGAUACCCUCGACCGACUGGAGCGAGCAGAACCUCUCUCAGACCACGAGAGACCACGAAUUGAAGCACAACUUGAACUUAUUUCCACGCAGGCACGGACAUCACUAAGAAGUCGGCCGUGGCCAAGGAGACGCAGGCCUCGAUCGAGAUCACGUCGCGGAAGUACAAGUCCGUCGCUGAUAGAAGUUCGAUGCUCUUCUUCCUCAUGUCGGAUCUCGCGAAGAUCCACUCGUACUACGUGUAUAGUCUGGCGGCCUACACGAAAGUGUUUUAUCGCGGCAUCGACUUGGUUACUGAUAAACCAGAGCCCGAACUCGACGACGAGGGUAACGAGCUGCCGGUGAAGGUUGUGGAACUCAACGACGAGGAGCUCGCGGCGCGGUGCAUCGUGCGGACGCGGCGUCCGUUUUUGAUGAAUGAACUUCAACUUUGGGACGAGGGCGUCUCCAUGAGAGUCUACGCGUCUCGUGAAUGUGCAGAGGCAGUUUCGUGACGCUGUCGCUCGACGCAGGUACUCAACAAGUCGAUCACUUUAACAACUUUUAAUUACUUGCGGCGGGGUCUGUUCGAGAAGGACAAGUUGACGGUGGCGACGUUGGUCACGACGCGUAUUUUGGUGGACAACGACUUACUACCGGGCGAGGAUGUCAGCUACUUGUUCCUCGGCAAGGUAGCAGCCUGUGUCAGCUUAUCUUCGCGUCGACGGCGUCGGAGCGCGUCGUCGCGCCCUCCACGCCAUCGACGCGACGCGUUCCUCACUUCUCGGCACCGCGGUCCUCGGAGAGGCCCAAACUCGGACACGAUCUCCGAGGGAUACACUCUUCAUCAUAGAGAGAGCAGCACCUCACGCACACCACGACACACCUCAAGUUGAAGCACAAGUUGAACUUUGCUUGCCACACAGGUCCACCCCGACCCCGGGAACAUGGGCCCCCUCCACGAGUGGAUGCCCGAGCAGCUCUGGCCCAAAAUUAAGGCCUUGGAGGGCCUGAAGCAGUUUUCAGGAUUGGGCGACGCGAUGCACUCGGACAGCGACGACUGGCUACAGUGGUUCGACGGGGCGACGCCGGAAGUGGCCAAGUUCCCCGGCGACUGGCAGAAGAACCUGUCGCCGUUCGACCGACUUAUUCUCUUGAGAGCCUUGCGGCCGGAUAGGUGUUCCAAUGCUUUAGCCGCUUGGAUCGGCGACGUCAUGGGCGCUGACGCAGCGUCUGUUUCCGACCGUUUCCGAACUUCCCACGUCGCCUCGACGCCCUCGUCAUGAUCACACGAGAGUCUAGACGGCGUCGUUCCCGCGCAGGCAAGGAGUACGUCGAGCAAGCUCCGUUUAACAUGCCCGCGACCUACGAGGAGACGAGCCCGCAGACGCCUACUUUUUUUGUAUUAUUCCCGGGCGUCGAUCCCACGCCCUGGGUCGAAGAGUUGGGAAAAGAGCUCGGCAUCUCGGAGGCCGAGGGAACGUUCUGCAACAUCUCCAUGGGCCAGGGCCAAGAAAAACCCGCCGAAGCAAUAGUAGAAAGAUACGCCAAAAAUGGGGGCUGGGUCAUGCUCCAGAACUGCCACUUGAUGUCCUCUUGGGUUCCAUCUUUAGAAAGGUUGUUAGAAGUGGUCCAGGAGGGGGCCCAUGCGGAUUUCCGGUGCUACAUCUCGGCGGAAGCGCCGGGAGCGCUCAGUGGUCCUAAUAUGCCCGAAUCGCUCCUCCAGUCGUGCAUCAAGGUCGCAAAUGAGGCGCCCGCCGACAUCAAGAGCAAUCUCACAAGAUCCUGGGCGGAGUUCGGCCAGGAGCGCAUCGAUGCCUCGUCGAAGCCGGACGACUUCAAGGCUUGUUUAUUUUCACUCUGUUGGUUCCACUCCAUAAUAUUGGGGAGGCGGCGGUUCGGGCCGCAGGGCUGGUCUCGCGCUUAUUCUUUUAACACCGGCGAUUUGGUCAUUUGUAGCAACGUAUUAACGUCGUACAUCGACGCCGCCGACGCCGCCGGUUUGGGCGUGCCCUGGGCCGAUUUACGGUACAUCUUCGGCGAGAUCAUGUAUGGCGGUCACAUCACGGACGCGUGGGAUCGCCGGACGAACAACACGUACCUGGCGGAGCUCAUGAAGCCCGAGUUAAGACCGGAAGGCGAGGCGAAGGUCGGGUUGGAGCUCGGGCCCGGGUUCCCGUCGCCGGAUCCCACAACUUUGGACUACGAGGGCUACGCCCAAUACAUCGACACGAAGAUGCCCAAGGAAUCGCCGCCGUUGUUUGGACUGCACCCGAACGCGGAGAUUGGCUACUUAACAUCUUCUACGGCGAAUUUAUUUUCUACGAUCGUCUCGUUAGGAGGCGGCGGCGGCGGCGGCGGCGGCGCGGGCGACGUCGUCAAGGCGACGAUGGCCGAUCUGUUGGAUCGGUGCCCGGAAGAGCUGCAGAUGGUCCUGAUCGACCAGAUGGCCGAGCCGUUGCUAGCUGAACCUUCCCAAGGGCCUUAUGUGGUCUGUGCAUUACAAGAGUGUAGAAGAAUGAACGUGCUCCUAGGCGUGAUCACGAAGUCCCUGAGCGACCUCGAGAAGGGCCUCGCCGGCACGCUGAACAUGACGCAAGCGAUCGAAGAUUUAAUUGCGGCUCUCACAAUCUCCGAGUGGCCCGGGCGCAACCCCUACAGCCAGUGCGCCUGGGAGAAGUUCUCCUGGCCGUCCAAGAAGUCGUUGUUACCGCAAUACGCCGACAUGAUCAAGCGCCAUGGGCAACUGACGUCGUGGACGGAGACGCUGGCAACACCUAUUUCCGUGUGGCUCUCCGGGCUCUUCAACCCGAUGGCGUACCUCACGUCCAUCCUGCAAGUCACGGCCCGCGCGACCGGUUCGGCCCUGGACGCCAUGACCCAGGAGACGCACAUGACGACGUACAAAGAUGCGCAUGCGAUUCCUCCUGAUAGUACUUUUCCGGAGAACGGCGCGUUCAUCCACGGGUUAUUUAUCGAGGGUGCGCGGUGGCCCUUCGGCGACGAAGUGGAAGAGCCCUACGAGUUCGGCGGCGCGAAGGUCGGCGGCUUCUUACUUGAAUCUCGCUUGAAAGAACUAAUGCCUCCAGUACCAGUGGUCUACGUCAAGGCCGUGCUCGUCCAGCCGUCCUGGGAGCCCUCGGCCGUUGGAUAUUUAAGACACGUCGACGACGUCUACGAGGCGCCCGUCUUCAUCACGACCGCGCGCGGCGCGACGUACGUGUUCCUCGCGACGCUCAAGACGGUCGUGCCGAAGAACAAGUGGACAUUGACAGGAACGGCCCUCAUGAUGCAGCAGGACGACUAGUUUUUGCUUCCCUCUUCAAGGAGUUAAAUACUGGUUAUCCGCAA